GGUCAUAUGUUGUGUUUAUCACUCUGACAGCGGAGACACGCAAGUCAGUCAUCAGUUCAAACAGAACUUUGCGUUUAAAAAAAACAAAAAGGAAAGACAGUGAGGUCCGGUCUGUACGUGCGCGUUUUAGACGUCUCCAUCCUCUGAUCUGUGUAGACUCAAUUAUCUGUGGAGCUCCUGUCAGCUUUUGUGCUGGUUCCCAGAGACAAUCAUGAUCCUCCUGACUUCCUCCUCUGAUGAAGUCUCUUGAACUCGCCUGGCUUUGGAAUCACAGGAAGUUCAGGGUGAAAAACACUUAAAGGGUUGCUACUGCAACAUUUAAAGAUAUUUAAAUUUUGCAGGCCAUUAUCGAUGCAUACUGUUUUAGACAACACUAUGACUUGAGACAAAAGAAUAAGUUCUCAAAAGGAGGAGGCUGAUAGAAAACAAAGAUUUCUUUGAAUGAAUUGAUUAUAAAACUUCACACAUUUGUUGGAGAAGCUGUUGGCAGGAGGGAGGCAGCAUCAGCAGUCAUUUCAUCUUGCUGACUAAGAUAUUAAAUGUAGCUUUUGCUAUUGUUCAUACUAUAAAUAUUUUUCUCACAAAAAAUAAAAAAUCAAGCCUCAAGUACAACUUUUACUAAUAUAUGUUUAAGCAAAGAUACAGUGCUGUGAUUUCUUGUAUUUUAGUGAGUCAUACUAAAUGGGGCCAGAUAAUCAAACAUAAUGUAACUUAGAGCAAAGGAAAUUUGAGUAAACACAAAUGCAAGUUCUAAAUGAUAAUUGUUAAAAUAUUGUUAUCUAACUAGGUCUGUGGAAAAUAUUGUUCAUUAACUUAGCUACUAAACCCAAAAAACUACCAAACUAUACUACCAGCUGGUUGUAGUCAAACUAGAAACACCUGUAAAUACUGCCAGAUCUGUUCAAUCAAAUCAUCACUUUCACUUUAUCCAGAAGCAUGAGCUUAGCUAGAAGGUUCCACCAGUAGAAAAUUAUGCCGAAAUCAAAAGAAACUGAGAGCGUGAGAGUCAUUAUCUACAGAUGGAGAAGACUUGGGCCAACAGUGAAUGUUCAUUUAAGUAGCCCCACUUCCCAAAAUAAUCCAAAAGCAUGGCAAUAAUUCAUCUAGAAAGUCAUAAAAGAUUCAGGGAAAAUAUCCAAGAGCCUAUCUCACCUCAGUGAAGGUAUUUUAGGUAUUCCAGACUCCAAUAUCAGAACAAAAAUGCAUCAAUCGGAGAGUGGUGACAUGAACAAGACUACUAACCCACAAUAACUUUAAUGGUCUUCUGAGCAUCUUGAUGAUGCUCAAACUUUUUAGGAGAAUGUUUGAUGGACAGAUGAGUUGAAACUUAUUGUGUGGAGGACAGGCUUCCUGUUAUAUUCAGUGCAGAUCAAAUGCAGAGUUCCACAAAGAGAACAUUAUACAUCUUGCUCAAGCAUGGAGGUGGCAGUAUAAUGUUGUGUGGGUACUUUGUGGCCUCAGAAAUGAGGUGAUUUACUAUAAUUGAGGGAAUUGAGCAUAACUGGAAUGUAGCAAGACAGUGAUCUCAACUCUGUUGAAAAUGCUACAAAAAUACAGCCAAAUUCUUACAGUAGUGUACUGCUUUUGUUGUUGUUUAUGUUUUUUUUUUGUUUUACAAAAUACAGUUAAAAAUCAAACCUGACUGACUUUUGGAGGCAAAAUAUUAUUACCAACAUUACACUGAUGACUUUAAGAUAGGCCUUUUGUCCUCCCUCUUUUCCCGAUACUGUACAUUUAGUGAAAUUGCUUUUACUUGUUUUGUAAAACAAAUUUAUUAGGUCACAAUUUGGUCACGCAUUAUUGCCUUUGAAUAAAUAUAAGUUGCUUUAUCAUUCAUCCUUGAUUGUGUUAGGUAUAUGCAUUUUUAAAUGUUCAACAGCUUGUAAAUCUCAGUUCUUGAUCAUAUAUAUUGAAGACUCAGUGUUUUUUAUGGUAUAUGUCUGCAAAAUGUCAUAAUUCACAAGCAACUACAUUUACAGUUAAUAUUGAUUAGAAUUGUAACACUACAUGAAGACUGUAUAUUAUUGGACAGUAUUUUAAUUAUAUCAAUUAUGAUGCUUUUUGCUCCAAUACAUGCAAUUAUCAUUUACAUCUUGUGUUUCAUGGUUACUCGGGUUGCCUUUAUUUAAUGUUAAAUUUAGUUUGUCUGUUUAGUAUGAGAUAUACACAAAAGUAGAUGUAAUCAGGAUGGAGUUAUAUACUCUUUUCUGUAAUUCCCUAUAAUAUAUAUUGAUGAGAAUACUCAAUGUAGUAUUUGAAAACAAACUGUGUGCUAUAAAAGCAAGUAGACCAGGUGAGGUUGUAGAUUUAUCUCCGUGCCACAGUCUACAUUAAAGCCUGGGCUGCAGUGGUAUUCAUAGAUUUGAACAGUUAGCUAUGUGAAAGCUGCUGCAUUGUCCUCGUUUCAGGUCAUUAUGUUCGAUCAGAGUUAACAGGCUAAUUGAUCUCACGUCUGGUAUGUGUCAAUGCAGUAGGUGUGACUCACUGUCACUGUAGCCAGUGGUGUAUGUGCUAGUCCCCUAAGUGUUCACAGCUUGUUCCCCACACCAGUGUCUGUGUGUAUAUGACCUCUUGUAAGAUCACAUUUGAGCGCUAACACUUCACAUGCAUCAUUGUUCAGGUUGUAUUUACUUAUUUUUGUUAAUAUUGAAAUUGAUUGCAUGUCACUGUGGCCGUUUUUUUUUUUUUUUUUUUUAAAGAAUGCUAAAGCAUGUAUAAUGUGACCAUUACAUAGAUAUAACUGACAAUAUAAUAGUGGGUAAUGAUGCAUGCUGUAGGCUGCACACACCUGACUGAAUGAAUGUACAGUAACAAAUGCAUUUUAGUGAUCUGAAAAUGGAUGAACAUAUCGUAAGGUUGGUCUCCAUCCAAUAAACAUACGUCUUGGUAAGUGAUAUUUCUUUUACAUAAGACGGAGGAGUCAAUUUUGGAGUGAUAUUUUGCUUUAAAUGCAAGAAAAAUGCCCAGUAUGGGAUUCAGUGUAGAUUAAUAUUGUACUGUAUUAUUAUAUUAUAUUUUCAGAAUUUUUACGUAUCUCUCCUUUUAUUUCAGCUGAAUUUUAAAUCGGACUGAGGUAUAAAUAAUAAACUAUUCCCAUUCAGACACAUGCAUUUAAAGGUCAGCUGGUGUGGUCAUCCAAUCAUAGCAGAGGUCUAGCUGUUUUUCAUAAACCAGAGCAGAGGUUAUUGACCUCACGCAAACAACUAGUAACUGCUAUUGCUGUUUGGUCUCAGGUGUCUUCCAGUGUACCAACAAGCUCUUUCUGAGUGAUCAGUCCACAGGACUUCAGAUCAAGGAGUUUGCACGUAAAAAUGCAGCAAAUGCUCUGUCGGUUGCCAACAUGGUCAUGGGCAUGGCCUCCAUUCUCAGCAGCCUAAAUGGGCACCAUCAUGCUGCAUGUUGGCUCGUUCUGAUUGGCUACCUGCUGGAUUUGGCAGAUGGAGCAGUUGCCAGGCGACUCGAUGCCUGCUCUGCACUGGGUGCAAAGCUGGAUGACUUUGCUGACUUCACCACCUUUGGGAUUGCCACAUCGUUGCUUCUGAGGACAUCUGACCUGCUGGACAACAUCCUGUGCAUGUGUUAUGUUCUGUCUGUGUUCGUCCGCCUUUGUUUCUUCUCAAGCGGGAUCCCCUUCAUGUACCGUGGCCUGCCCUGCAUCUACUCGUCAGCCAUCCUGGCCAGCGCUUCCUUGCUGUCAGGGGGAAACAUGGUCGUGUUGCGGGUCAUCGCAGUGGCCAUGAUCCUCUUCAUGAUCAGUCAGAACUUCUAUCCCCAUGACAGAGUGCUGGAGUCCCAGGCCUGGAAAAAAGUAGUCUAUGCUGGAGGAGUCAUCAUGGUAUUCUGCUCUUUCUUCCCCCCUGCAUGUGUUUACUACCUGCUGUGGUCUGUCUCCUACAUUUUGUUCCCAACAUCCCUUUGGAGCAGUAAAGUGUAAAAAGGGGAGCUGGCAUUAUCCAAAACUCACAAAUAGGUUUUUACCUCGGGCCCGUAUGGGUGAACUGAGGCCUUCAGACUGCUGCUGCUCCCUCCAGCCAUGGAGCUAAACAAGCCCAUACAUCACAGGCGAACACUUGCUCUAUUUAACCUUUGUUUUGAUGUGACACCUUUAAGACAGAACCCGGACUGAAGAGAGUUGGGAUGAGGAGGACAUUUUACUGUAACUGGUGCCGAUUAACCUUCAUGCUCUCUGCUGUAUUUGUUGCAUUUUAACUGAACGUAGGGGGCGUGUGGCUUGUGCUAAAGUCAGAAUAUUUAUCUGGUUUGCCUCCAGUUUAAUCUCCCUUCUGCAGCAUUAAUCCAGUCUUUCAUCAGUGAUGGCAAAUAUGUGGCAGCAGGGCACAUCAUUUUCUCACAGGAUCAUAUAAAAAUAAAUGAUUUCAAAGGAAAUAACAGCACAGAUUUUGGGAUAUUUCCUCUCAUGAAGUUCAGGUCAGGCUUUUCUGUUAUGUAGGGACCUUAAAUCCAGUGACAGAUAACUUUUGCCAUGAAGUUUCUGUCAUCAAUGUUUUUAAACAGGUUAAAUUGGAAAAUGAAAUGACCACAACCCCGGCUUUUGUAAAUUAGAGGCCAAUAGGUUUUUAUUAAGUUGUGUCUGUCCACAAUGACAUGUUAGAUUUCCAUAUUUCUUCUAUGUAUGGUUUUAUUUUGUGUGUGUUUGCCUCUGUUUUAAGAGGUGUUACAGUUCAAAUAGUAAGUAAAUCCACACUGGAUCCCUGUCGCAUUUCACAGUAUUCCUCAGACUAGAGUCAAAUGUCACCACAGGUGUUUUCAGUCACUUGUCAGAAAACCGGUGGUGGCAUCAGUAACUGAAGGGAAACACAAAAUGCAACAUGAACAGAAGGUGCAUCUCAAAAAUAACUCUGCAACAGUAGUUUUCUGCCUCCCGAAGGUGAGUGAAUUUACCCUUCAAGAGGCAUAGAGACUGUAAAGCCUGCAUUUCCUGCCAUCUAGUGGGUAAAAAUGUCACCUUGCCACAGAUUCUGCCUCACCUUAAAGGUGAUAUAUUUGAAGUAGCACUAUAGUCACAAGCACAGGGCAGCAGAAACUUAAAACCAACAGAGGUUAAGGAAGGAUAGAAUAAGGGCGUCACUCGGCCAGUAUUAAGUCUAAGGGAAGUUGCUUUUUGUAGAGCAGUUCUUUAUAGCACAGACUUGUUUUUGACAUCACUUGUGUUUCACAAUGGGUAUUUGUGUCUCUGCAUUGUGAGUGAGAAAUGGGGAAAUUAUAUAGUUUCAUACCGAUCUGCUCAGAAGCCUAAAGUAGAUAAUAGUACAGAAUGACAGUAAAUGUGUCAGUAUUCAGCCCUUAAAGCUAUCAACACCCCAUACUUAAAUUCUCAUCAAUGAUUACCCUUUAACAAACAUCAUCCUUGAGCUUGUACUCAGAGGUGUCAGAAACAGGGUAUGAAGGUAAUUUCAGAUGAGUGAUUUCAAUGAUUUGAAUCUUCUGAAAGCUAUAAUUCAUAGUCAUAGCCAUUUUUGAGUUAUUUAUGAGUCUGCCUUGUGUGAGUAUUCUGACAAGGUGCAGCAGAAUUUCUUCAUUUAAGACCUCUGUUUUAAAAAAACAACAACAACAACAACAACAUACCAAUGUCAUAUUUUCUGAUUCCGUACUGAUUUGAACUCACUGUGGUUCUUGACAUGGUUUAUGAUAACAGGUGCCGUGAAGAAAAUCUACAAUGUAAAGUGCAUGGACGGGCUGAACACAAAUCUACUCUAGUACAGUCAGUAGUAAAUUCAGAUUUCCUGUGUGGGUGUUUUGGUUUUCAAAUUGUAAACUCACAGUAAUGUAUGCCUGCCAAGAGCAUUAUAGAUACAAAAAAUGUGCUUGCCCAAUACUGGGAAAAAGUGGGAAAGAUCUUAAUGAACAGUAAGAUCUGUGCUUUUAAGUCUGUACAUUUUGACAAUAAAGAGGUAAUAAUAAAAUGA